AAUGGCCAGAGUUACAGAGUUAGAAGUAGGUGGAUGGGACAGCCCUGGUGAAGAAACUCAAGGCUCCGGUUCUAUUUCUUCGCUACUCGAGGAUCUGCCCCGAUUGGCCCAGUAACUCUACAAUUUAGUCUUUUCUGCGCAUGUCAAGAUCUUUUGUCCCUCGGCGGACACCGUUUACCAGCCAAAGCUAAGUCUCCGCGCUCACCGACUUCAUAGGGUGCCGAAUCUUUUUUCCCCUAGCUUGCCAUGGCGAGCCGAGGGGCUCGGCAGCGCUUGAAGGGCAGCGGGGGCAGCGGUGGGGACACGGCCCCGGCCGCGGACAAGCUGCGGGAGCUGCUGGGCAGCCGUGAGGCGGGCGGCGCGGAGCACCGGACUGAACACACUACCUCAUCUACGGGGAGGGGUUUCAGACUUGGGAAUAUUCCCCAGCAUAUGCCAUUCGCUCCUAUGCUUAUCUGUUACUUCAUGCCUGGCCAGCUGCAUUUCAUGCAAGAAUUCUACAAACUAAUAAGAUUCUUGUCUUUUACUUUUUGCGAUGUCUUCUGGCUUUUGUGA